AAAGCAACCUUCACUAAGCCUUGUGUUCUGUAGCGACCUUUAUUUCACUGAGCGGAGGGAUAUUCACCCGCCUUGGCGCGGUGCAGCUGAACCCUCCAUGUUGCAGUGUCAGCCUGCAAGUCUCACCUGAUACACGCUCAACCUGGCAGCUGAGAGGCCGACUUCGCAAACAGAGUUGUCCCAAUCACGAUGGAUAACGACGAUGUGUGCCGGCUGCUCGUCGUUCUGUCGCUGAUGGCGCUGUCGGCGGGUCUGGAGGUCAUCGACAUGACCCUUGUACUUGGAGCAGACACCAUCGUCUGGCCUGGUUCCCCGCCCUUCAACUUCACGAUUCUAAAGCGAGGAAAUCAGUCCGAUGGAUACUGGUACGAGAUCAACUAUUUCGGGACAGCGGAACACGCUGGUACGCAUGUCGAUGCGCCUGCGCACUUCAGUCAGAGUGGGUGGCGUGUGCACCAGAUCCCGUCAUCUAGUCUCGCGGGGCCCGCUGUCGUCGUUGACGUGGCAGACAAGGCCACCAAGGACGCCGACUACAGACUGACAAUAGAAGAUCUGCAAGCCUGGGAGGACAGUCAUGGAAGGAUACCAGACAAGGCUGUGGUGGUGAUGGACUCCGGUUGGGGUGCCCGCUACCCGAGCCCCUCAAGAGUUUUCAACACCAACAACACCCUCGACGCCUCAACUUUCCAUUUUCCGGGUAUCCACCCGGCUGCAGCCGCCUGGUUGGCCUCUCAACGUCAUGUCAUCGCAGUGGGCGUGGACACGCCGUCCACCGACUACGGUCAGUCCACGAAGUACGAGACACACGUGGUUCUGGGUAACAACAAUGUCCUGGGGCUGGAGAACCUGCAGAAAGUUGAUCAGCUGCCGGCUCGGGGCGCCACCAUCGCCAUCGGACUGGUCAACCUGAAAGACGGAAGUGGAGGGCCUGCUCGCAUUCUCGCCAUCAUUGACAGCACAACAACUGGACGUGGAAAUGCUCUUCACCCGACUGCGCUCUUGUUUCUGUGGAUCGUGUGCGGCGUGUUUGUGUCGCUUCAAUGGCCAACAGUUCUUUAGUGUUUUGCUUAUUUUUCACAAAACUGAUUACCCGCACACGUUCAGAAAUGUACUGGACAAUGUUCAUAUUCGUAAUCUUUUCAUGUCGAUAUUAAUGUUCGAUUAUCUAUCUUUCUGUCUGUGUUUGGGUUUACCAGCUUGUUGACCUUGUGGUACAUUAUCCUAACAUGCUGGCAUAAUCAAUAAAUGUUUUUAUCUGUA